GUGGCAAGAACAUGCCGACCAAUACAAACGUCACUCCUAAAGCAACACCACACAUGGAUCCUGACGCGCCGAUAUUUGAUGCGACUCCGCAAAUCAAGGUUUAUGUUGAAACCGAUCCAGCUACAAACACUCCACAGGUUGGCCAGGCUUCUCUUGAUUCGGAGAUGCAAACUGUGUUAGCUCUACGCGAAUAUUUGUGUGGUCUGCAAUCUGACACCGGCAGGACCAUAAUAGAUUAUGGUGAAUAUUCAGCGACAUGUUCUGACAUAUAUGAAUCUUUUGCCGAUGGGAAGUGUCUCGACAAUGGAUUCAUGCAGUGUUUCAUCCAAUGUGUUAUUGAUGAUGCAAAAAAUCAGCACACUUCCAUGAGUUCGAACAGUUUGGUUCUUGAUGUUAAUGUUGGGGUAAACUAUUGUAACUUACAUACACCAUUUUCAUAUACAAAUUAG